AUGGAUGCGAAGAAAGUGAAGCUGGACCAGGACCCCCUUGUGUGCCCGAUCUGCCUGGACCUGCUGCGGGAACCGACCACCAUCCGCUGUGGACACAGCUACUGCAUGGGCUGCAUAGGGCGGCACUGGGCGGCCGAGGAGGCCCGGGCUAGGGUUGGGGUUAGGGUUAUGGUUACAGCCUACAGCUGCCCCCAGUGCAGGGAUGAGUCCCAAUCCAGGCCCCGGCUGGUGAAGAACGUGGUGCUGGCGGCCCUGGUGGAGCAGCUGAAGCAGGCCGAGGCCCCCCGGAGGCCCCGGGAGGGGCUCUGCACUAAGUGA